AGAAUUUGACUGGUAGGGAACAAGAGGAAGAACACGUCGAGCAGAACCGCAAGUAAAAGCUCGCUGUAUUACAUCGUCCGCCCACCAAUUCCUAAUCCUACGACAGAAGAACUAUGACCGCGGAAAGCUUUCUUCCGCCGAGCGCCGUACUCGGCACGGCACCUGGCGCGCACAACUCCGACGAAGACCACUUUCAGUACGACUCUGUGACCUUGCAGCUCGACAAAGUUGAGUUCCACCCAGAUUUUCUCGCCGCGCAGACGUCCACUUCUCUGUCGGAGCAUUUCUCGUGGGCCAUGUACGACGCCAGUAGUAUCACAUCAACGACAUCAUCCAACUGCUUCCUCUCCCCUCGUCCCGUGGAGCUGAAUGUGAAGCUGACCGUGCAGAAAAUCGUCCAGAAAACGGCCCACGUCGUGUUUAUUUCUGCGUCUAGCAAUAGUAGAAUCACGCAACAGAGUCAAACUUCCGCAUCCGUGCCACGGCGCUGCUUUGGGACCGUCAGUUUUGAUGCAAACAGUGCACAGCAGGACAUUCAACUGAAUGAAGAUUUCAGUAUCGGGGAAGAGGUUUUCGCGAUGUACGGAGAUCACACAGCAAACCGGUUUUUCCGCGCGCAAAUCUCCCGCAUUCGACAAGGUAAGGACUCGAGCAGUGAUGUCCAUUUUGACAUCCAGUGGCUGCGGCCGCGGCACCACACACCGAAAACGGCGACAGGGACGAAUUUGUCCUUUGCGGAGCAGGAACUGGAGACAUCUGCACCGGAUCCACUUGACUACGUCAUGAACCACCGAGAACUGGACGACACGGUUUUCAUGGUAAAUCUCCCCAGGACGAAGCUGAAGCGGCUGGACGCUUCGAGUAAUUCUCACGCGUGCGGCAUGGUCAGGUUUAACGUGAUCACCGGGGCCCCGAGGUCGGGCCGGGUAUCGCGCGGCGCAGCGAGCUUUCCGACGACUGGCGGCCUUGUUGCCGGUAAUUAUUACGCAGAAAUUUGUGCUGUUGGUUUUUCUUUUUCAUGCUGUUGUCAAUGUUCUUUUGAACGACAACGAUAGUUCAAAAAGAUUUUUUUCAAGAACGUUUAUCUAUGAUUAGUUGAAACAGUUUGGAUGAUAUUCCAUUUUUUUUGACGACCGUACACGACUCUACACCAGGUUCGACCGAGUUUUCGCGCCGACAUGGAGCAGUUCAACCUGGAGGAGCUGCUUCCACAAACAGCAUGCGGGUUUCUCCGUCCUCCUCGCCAAACCAGCAAAGCAGUACGACUUCCAGUGUCGGAGUACAGCAAUUCAAAAGUUCCUUCUCGACCACAACGUCCCAAGCUGCACCCUCCAGCAUUGGCGCCGAUCGGUCGUACGACUCCGCACCAGGGGUUCAGCAUCACAGCAACUCCUCUGGCACCGAAUCAGGAGAGCACGGCGCCAACCACGGGAGCAACUUCGUGACCCCGUCGAGUAGUAAAGACGCCGCUGCUCCUCCAGCCUGUUUCGCGCACGGAGACGCGAAACAGCAGGCCGGGGUGCUGCGCUACGUGUAUGAUGGAGAGCAUGACGACCAAGCACAAUUUUUGCCACGACUCUUACCGUCCCCGGAAAAUGGAGAGUCUUCAUCUGCAGGCGGUUUAUACCCCGGAAAAACGUCGUCGAGUUCUUCUUCUUUACUGAAAACCAACGCGUCGCUGCGAGGGCCACCACCCGGGUGGACGACCAUGAACAAUAAGAAUAAACAAUCUUCCUCCAAAACCAAAACCAAACCCUUCACACACUUGGGUCGUAGAGUAUGGCGUUCUCAAACGUUACAUUCUCAGUUGUUACAUGGAUUUGUCAUGCAGAACUACCACCAUCAACCACAAGAUCAAGCUGCUUCGCAUGACAAAUUUGAGAAGGGCUAAACAGCAGCUAAAUCUGCGCGGGAUUUGUAAUGCAAUUUUUGCAAUCUUCUAACUUGUACUUUUGCCAUUCUUGCAUGACAAAUUUCCCGUAACAGUUGAGAAUGUAACGUUUGAGAACGCCAUAUAGAGCGAACUUUGACGAGCUGAAAGCGCUGGCGUUGCUCCGUGCCGGCGACGCAGUGCCGCACGAGGACCUCCGGGAGGCGCUUGCGUGGACGUAUCAAAUGCAAAUAUGUCUGGGUCUGGAAAGUUGGAACUUGUAAUGCUGGCCUUGCAUUCCUGUGAAAUCUGUAUUGCAUGACCACAAAAAUGGCAGCCUCUCAUGUCAUACAAAAAUGCAGGUUCUCAUGCGGAGUUCGUAUCGGAUGAAAGCGUUGUGCAGACUUGUAAUGCAGCUUUCCGGCAUGAGGAAGUGUUUUCAUCGUGCACAUUUUAGCAUCACAAAUUUCCAGACGCAGACAUAUUUGGACUUGAUAGGACGCUGCGCACGCUGAUUUCGGUGCGGGAGAAUCACGAUGCGCAGUUGGCGGAACUGGAAAACAAGCAGCGGGAACUGUUCGGACGGUUAGGGAGAUAUGAGACGGAAUACGGCACGAGUUCUGCUCUUCCUAUCCCCUACUACGACAGCGCCAGCACACCGAAACAGCAAAAAGGUGGGGCACUUGUUCUAACCUCGCAGAACAACAACCCGCAAUUCUUCUCAACGACAGGAGGACCACCACCACCACCACAUGUAACAGCUUCCCAGCAACCUCCUGCUGCGAGCAAGUACCUUUUUCAAAGCAGGGCAGCGGCCGGUAGUACAGCAACCACUACCACGUCGAGCAAGCCAGCGACACCGACAAGCAACUUAGCAAGUGCGGGACACCAGCACCAGCAGUUUCAGAGCCAAUUUCAACUGCGAACGAGUAGUAGCCGCUUCGGUGGCCCGACUUCAUCUGGGGUUCUUGCCGGUGCGGAAGCCUCAAGUGUGGUCAACUAUCAAGCGGUAUCAAAUGCAAAAAUGUCUGGGUCUGGAAGAUUCUGACACUUGUCACGCACGUUUUGCAUGAGCCAUGAUGUCUGUGAUGCAUACCCUAGCAAUACAGAUUUUCUGCGGGCUUCUUGAUGCCUAUUCCGCAUGACAAAUGCCUUCUCAGCGUAGCAAAAAUUGUAUUCCCUUUGGUACUCAUGCAAUGCAGAUUUUUUUGGAAUCCAAAUGCAGCAUCACAGGUUGCAUUCUUCCAGACCCAGACAUUUUUACAUUUGAUAAGCGGGGGGAACUGCUGCUCACCAGCCCCAGGCAGUGCAGCUGUUUUACCAGACGCCGGCUUCCUCGGCGGGUUCCAGCAAGGAGACAAAUGCUUCAACUUCUGGCCAUCAGGGAAACAACAGUGCCUCAUCCCAAUUCACAACUAUCUCCGGGGACUUGCUUCGUGAGCAACUGUACAGUGCGAUGAGCAGUUCAACAUCUUCUUCGGGUACAACGUCUCAGCGGCACCAGCAGGCCCAGCAGCCUCUACCGUUGAACCUGAACGCUGGUUCUACCGUGAACAUCGCCGGGGCCAAGCCGAGCUCCUUCAGUGCACCCGCGUCGAAGGAAACCACGACGACGACCGGGCCGAAUGGGAACUUGAUCAUAACCACCACUAUGCAUUGCAAAUAUAAUGUCUGGAUCCGUGGGAACUUGUGAUGCAAGUCUGCGAGUGAUGGGCGCGCUUGAAUAUGCAGCCACGCAUGACAAAUUUUUAAAGCUGCAGCUUUGUGUUGCGUAUUCCCCACGGCAAAGUGCGUUUUUGCAUGACAGGCAAGAGGUACUACUCGUGCGCGUGCAUCACAGACCUCAGAGUCAUGCCAUCCAAGCAUGACAAAAAAUCUUGCAAUCUUCCCGACCCAGACAUGUUUGCACUUGAUAACCACGACCGUGCGGGAACCGCAGAACCCCUCGGUGUCUUGGAACCAAAUCUUUCAAUCCACAGCUCCUUCUGGGGCCGCUGGCGGGGUGGGACCUGCAACAGCGGAGCACCUGGUGUGAGAGGGCUAGCACGGUGCUACGGAGUUUGAGAUGAUAGUGAGAACCUCUACUUCCUUGUAGGACCAUUUUUUACAGAUUUUACAAACAUAAAUCAACCUCUGUACUAUUGAUUCACUUUGCUUAUGCUUCUGAAAAUGUACUACAGAUGAAAAAAUAUGAGCAAUUUUUUCGUGCACGAGCAGUAUGUCUUUAUUUCACCGCCUGCCUUUGUGAGAAAGAGAUACAUCACGACUAUGCUAUAUCUAGCCGCUUGCAGCUUGUACUAAAAAUUGCAUUUGUUGGUCUUUGCUACUACAACAUCCCGUGUCGCAGCACAACAACCUCCCAUGUGUGGAUGGCGAGCGUGG